GUCGUACUUGACUCACCCUGAAACAACCACUCGGUAAUUCCCCCUGUCUGACCAGCUCUACAUGACUCGUAACAUCCAGGGACUUAGCCACUGACCCUGUGACGUGUGAAUGACCUGCAAGUUUAUGUUCUCCGAUCUCAAACUCAAAGGGGGUUGAGGAGUCUCUCCUGUGUAAAGAGACCUUUGUGGUUGUGGCAUGCGGCAGGGUGGUGCAAGACAGGCCUGACUUUUCCUCCCCAGUGAAAACGUGUCUCAGUACAGGGGCUGUUCACCUUUUCAUUACACGCCGUUCCACGUAAACAGUGCCCUAUUGGAGCUGUAAACUUCCCGUUCCCACUCAGAGAAUUUCGCAGGCAGUUUCCAGCCAUCCUCUGUGUUUAGACUGCAGUCAUUUGGGCCGGCUUCUGUGCAAGAAGUUGGCCCAGGGCAGGGGUUGCAACAGGAUGCGAGAAGUGGACCCGCCAGAUGUUGUUACACAAAGACAUUUACCUGGAUUUAGAAAGUAACGGCUGCGUAUAUUUCAUAGACACGGUGGCUUUGAUGCCUUCAGCUGAGAAUGUUGGUGUGUCGCUGGUGGCUCCGCAAAUUGUCCUCGCAGCGGAGGCCGUCUCAUUUACUCUCGCUGUGUUAUUGACCCGUUCACUGGCAGACAAGUUAGGCAGGAUUAUGCUAAAUUCUGGAGAUUAGUCAGGGAUCUGAGUCAAGCUGCCAUUAUCUUAAAAGCAAACUAAUAUUAAUCUCACAGGAAUGUGCAAGAUAUUCACAAACAGGCGCCAUUAAAUUCACACUUAUCUUCAUUUGACUACCCACCGUGUGCUCCUUUACAGACUUAGAGAAGCACCGAAUGGCCUCCGGGAUCAGAGGGCUACAAUUUACGGCUUUGAGACGAGCAGGCUUUCCCCUUCAGUUUUUCUGCCCCGUAUACGGUUACUCCUUAGCAUUUGGACGCGUGUCAGGAGCUACCAGUAACCUGUGUCACUGAGGCCCUGUGCUGUAGACACCUCCCCACCCACCCCAAGUGUUGAUAUGGUGAUAUGGAGGAGCAGCUGGCGGUUUGCACAUCAGCGGGAGGCAGAGGAGCCAGACAACUCGUGUGUUUUUUUUGGCAAGCAGCUUCGCAAUUGUGGAAUUACAAUUUAAUUGGCAAAAUUGCAUUUGAUUGCAGUCUGUCACUCAUAUUUCAUUGUGCCCUUAUUUUUUUUAUUUAUUUUUUUUUUUUAUAGAGCAACUUCUACAAGAACUGAACUCAUAAAUACGGCUAUGUGCAGCACCCCCCAGUCUUGCAUGGUGGGUGGGCAUGUUCCCGAAAUGCACUGGUUCACUUAAAGAUAACAAGGACUUCCUCAUGACAAAGACUGGCUUAGAUUCCACUGUAACACACUCAUCUAUUUUGAAAGAUAUUCUGCUCCCGAUGUAGGAUAUUGUUCUGCAUCUGAGAAAACGCCCGCAUCUUUGCAUAGUAUGUUGAUGUGCUCCGUAUCUCUUAAAUUGAGGAAGAAAACGAGCCUCUAAAAGGAGAAGAGGCUUCGUGUAACCGCUCCUCUGACUUGGCAUCACGGUGCAACUACAGUGGUCAAGAAAAAAAAUGAGCGUCUACUUCCCCAAGAAGUGUUCUCACAAAAGAAAUUGAGAUCAAAGAUGAAACAUUGCCUGCAGCGGGGAAUACAAACAACCAGGAGGCUCUUUAAGAAGGCGACCGGAGACCUGCAAGAUUGGCAGAAGCUAUUAAGAAGCAGUCCGCAAAAGCAUAUCCGGGCAAGGCUACAUCCAAGAAUGAGGAUCAAAUACACCAUACCCAUCGUCUUUGUUGUGGCACUUGUUAUCAUUGAGAAAGAAAACAACAUUAUCUCAAGGGUGUCAGACAAGAUCAUCUUAAAGGAGACUCCGCAGACCCCUUUACAGCCUAGUGGUUUAUCCCACAUGCUGCUGAAGCGAAAUGGUUCCUUCCCCUCGUUCAGACAGAUGGACUUAAUGCUGAUGAAGCGGCGCCUGGAGAACUACAGCGAGCACCAGGAGGUGAAGCUGAAGGGAAGGAAACACAUUCUCCUGUUAGCCACCACCCGGACCGGCUCCUCGUUUGUGGGCGAGUUUUUCAACCAGCAGGGGAGCAACAUGUUUUACCUGUUCGAGCCGCUGUGGCACGUGGAAAAGAUGCUGACUCUAGACACCGGAGGCACCAACGCCACAGCGGCGGCCAAGGCGUACCGUGACGUGCUCCAGCAGCUGUUUCUGUGUGACUUCUCCCUGCUGGAAAGCUUCAUCGACCCCCUCCCCGUGGGCCACAUCACCACCGCCCUGUUCCGCAGGGAGUCCAGCAGCUCUCUUUGCGAGGGGCCCGUCUGCAGCCCCGUCAUCAAAGGGGUGUUCGAACGCUACCACUGCAGGACCAGGCGCUGCGGGCCCCUGAACCUGACCUUGGCGUCCGAGUCCUGCCUCCAGAAGGAGCACAGGGCCAUCAAGUCGGUGAGGGUGCGGCAGCUCGAGAAUCUCCGUCCCCUGGCCGAAGACCCGCGCCUCGACAUCAAGUUCAUUCAGCUGGUCCGAGACCCUCGGGCUGUGCUGGCCUCACGCAUGGUGGCCUUCGCGGCCAAAUACAAGAACUGGAAGGAGUGGGCCACGGGCGGGGACGUGCCCAUCGACGACGAUGAGGUGAGGAAGCUGAAAGGCAACUGCGACAACAUCCGCAUGUCCGCCAAGGUCGGCCUCAAGCAGCCGCCGUGGCUGCGCAGGCGUUACAUGCUGGUGCGGUACGAGGACAUCGCCCGGUACCCCAUGAAGAAGGCAGCUGAGAUGUACCGGUUUACUGGCAUCCCGUUCACUCCGCAGGUGAAAUCUUGGAUUCUGAAGAACACCCAGGCUUCGAAGGAGACCAGCGGCGUUUACUCUACGCAAAAGAACUCCUCUGAACAAGUAGAGAAAUGGAGGUUCAGUCUCCCGUUCAAGAUCGCCGAAGUUGUGCAGAAAGUUUGUGGGCCAACGCUCAAGCUAUUUGGGUACAAAUUUGUGAGCAGCGAAGAGAUGCUAACGGAUAAGUCUGUUAGUCUGAUUGAGGACAAAGUGUUCAAAUGGACAUGAACUCCAAACUUUAUGAACUAUAUUUAUUGGGAUCUUUAAUCCUGAUACAGAGCUGUAUAUUUUCUGAUAGUGUGCUAUUUAAAAGUUUUAUAGUAUUUAAAAGCCAGAUGAAGAAGACGCAGCGUUGAGCAGAAGAUGUGUAUAAGGCUUUCUGAAGCAAGAGUGCGUGGAAUUGCACGGUGAACUAAAAGGAGCACAUUUAUGUUUUUGCAUUCUGCACUAUUUUCACUCCGCCAGUGCAGUUAGCUUGGCCCAUAUUUAAUCCGGUAGCAAAUACAGGAAAGUCUGCUGUUCCAAACACUUCCAGGAACCUCCAUUAGUUAUUUUUGACCGGCGAAUCCUGCGUUAGCAUUAGCAACACAAGCUGCUUUUAUUCCAAAGAAUGGGGAGGAAAAUAAAUGAAUAGCCUUGGAUAAUAUCCACGGCCUUAAGAGGAAAUACCAGUGUCGUGCCAGGCCAUUUCUUCACAAGAAGUAGAAGUAAUGUCCCAUGCAAAUUUUAUUUAUUUAUUCUCUUUGCUAAAAGGUGACUCCAGGUUUGAAUGUGUUCCACGGGUUCUUUCCCCACUCUGCAGGGGUACUAUUUUUUUGCACACCUAUACCUUAGUUUAUAACAUAUGCAUGUUUGUAAUUUGGCCCAAAAGCUGUUUGAAGUCGUCUUCGGGACUGGAAGCACCCAUCAUGUAAAACAGAUGUUUACACUGCUACUGUAUGCUAACAUUCCAACUGCAGCUGGUUUGCAGCGUUGUGCAAGGUUUGGUUGGCAGGUCUCUGUCUGUUGACACAGAUCUCUUGGCUGGUGAUAAUAAGAGACCUUGAUACUUUAGCCUGUCAGACUGUUUGCUGAUGUAAAGUCUUUUCUCUAUGAAUUUUGUUAGUUGCAAUAAACCCAUUUUUACAUUGA